UGCACAUGCACAGAGAGACUGAGACACUCUGACAGACAGAGACUGGAUGCUCGGUGGCUGAGACCCACAGUUCUUCAUUUUGUGCAGAACUCACAGGAACAAUGAAGAAUCGCUUUGCUUUGGCCUCCUGUUUGCUGCUGCUUUGGACCUUCACAGUGUUUGUCAGCUGUCAGGACAAAAAAGAUGGCCCAGUUGAGUUAAAGGUGAAAGAGGUCGCCGAUGGAAUUGAGCUGGCUUGUAGUGAUCAAUCAGAUGUUACAUCAAAUACUAACACUGAUAUUAAGACAAAAAGUCUUCAUUUGCCAUACAGAGAUAACAGCACAGGAGAAUACAAAUGUGGAGAAAAUGAACUAAUCUAUGUGAAAUUCCGCACCUGUGACAGCUGUGUAGAAGUUGAUACACCUUCCUUAAUAAGCAUGGUCGUAGGAAAUGUGGUGGCUACCAUUGUGGUAGGAGUGGGUGUCUAUCUCAUCGCUUCUCAGACCUCUCAGACUCGAACCGGCCCUGUCGUCUCUAACAAGAAGAGUAAAAGCUCCGACAGACAGCAUCUAGUUUCUGAAACCAGAGGACCGACCAAUGACCACUAUCAGCCUCUGAGGAGAGGUGGCCAGAAAGAUACAUAUGAUGAACUCGUCCACAGAAGAUAAAUGGAAGGAAGCUCACUGGUGUCCUUAGCUGGAAGCUUGAGAGUCCUCAUAGAUCCAACAUCUGCUGGAGGGGAAAGUCUGGUACCUGUUUUCAGAAGUUACAUCUAGCUAAGCUGUUCCCCAUCCCCAAUGCAGGGCUUUAUUUUCAACAUGCCUGUAAGAUGAUGCUUUAAAAUCACUGUAAUAUAAUAUCAGAAAUUAUAAUAACCUGGGUAGUAUUGGAAUAGCUAUAUUAUACUUAUUGAUUAUUAAGAAAAAAAAAUUGACUGUCAUGUUGCCCAAUGAAAACUCAGUGAAUAAAAUUAGCUACGCUGUCUUGUCAUGCUAUCGUGAGUGGUGAAAAUCUCUCAAGCUACUUUUCUUUGUACAGUUCUGAAGUAAUUGCAAGAUUAAGAUUAGGAUUAAUAUGCUGUAUUGUAGUAGCAUUGUGUCAAUAAUGCAUUUAUGAUACGAUCAGAAAUGUCAAUGUAAUUGCUCUUUUUGUAUGCUUUUGACUACAGUUAGAGAAGCUCUUGCCACAUCCACGCACUUGUUGUUUAUAGUUUGUAGUUUAUCUCAUUUGGCAAAAAAAAGACAUCACUCAAUAAAAAAUGUGACAGAAUAAUUUGA